CUCAAAACAGCAAAGAGACAACCAACUACUAAUCACUGCGGAUCAGACUGAAAUGGGUUUGAGUUAACAGAGUUUCUGUACCUGAGGUGUUUUGAAACAUUAUUUUUUCAACAGCCGAUCUGAAUCGGUAAAGUAAAAGAAGAUUCAUCUAAAAUUCUCUGGAACAACAUUCUACUGACUUGGAAUGAGGAAAUGGCAGCAGCGACUUCGUUGCAGAUUGUAGGACUGAUCCUUGGAGGCAUUGGCACUGUUGGGACCUUUGCCAUCACUGGCAUGCCCCAGUGGCGAGUGACGGCUUUCAUUGAAAACAAUGUGGUUGUCUUUGAGACAUUUUGGGAAGGCCUCUGGAUGAAUUGCAUAAGGCAAGAAUCCAUCAGGAUGCAAUGCAAGGUCUAUGACUCCCUCCUGGCUCUCCCACCAGACCUGCAGGCUUCAAGAGGCUUGAUGUGUGCAGCUUCAGCUCUGGCAUUCCUCGCUUUUGCAGUGGCUGUUCUUGGCAUGAAGUGUACCCAGUGCACAGGAAAUGAUGACCGCAUCAAAGGCUACAUUCUGCUGGCAGGUGGCAUCUCCUUCAUCCUGACUGGCAUUGUGGUGCUCAUCCCAGUGUGCUUUGUUGCCCAUAACAUUAUCCGAGAUUUCUACAAUCCCGUCGUCACAGUGGCUCAGAAGCGAGAGCUUGGAGAAGCGCUUUAUAUAGGCUGGACUUCAGCUUUCUGUCUUGUGGCUGGAGGGGCAAUUUUAUGUUGUUUCUGCCGUUGCGAUGAAAAAACCCGAAGCUACCGGUACUCGGUACCCUCACAACCAACCACCUACCGCAGCCACAACAUUCAAAGAAGAGCUGAGAGUGCAUAUUCUAAAAGCCAAUAUGUUUAGUUGUCUUGAUCCAAGAGGAAAAAUCUUUUGCAUCCAACAUGAAAUCUGAUAAGGUGAGAAGAAGCUUUGCUCGAGUAACAUACUGUGCAUGCUGCAAUGCCACUUUAUCUAUGAACUCUAAAACAAAAGACAGAAAUAUCUUCAGAUAUUUCAGAGUAGGAAUGGAACUUGAAGCUAGAUCUUGUUUCCAAUUUGUCCUUUCCUAAUUAAUCUCUAUUAAGAAGUAUUCACAUAUUUAUACUCUAUGACACAUACAGAUCUUCAGAGUGGUGGGAAGAAUAUUGUUGUCACUGAUAAACAUUUAAGCCUUGAAAUUUUGUAUAUUCAUAAUGUAAUGUCUAAAAUAUAUCAUAUGAUAUAUUAUGAAGGUGAUGGGGAAAGACUGGAAAUGUCCACUUUAAAUCUGUAAAUGAUUAUUUGCAUAGGCAGUCUUUAAUAAAAUGUUCUUCAGUUGUCAGAAAGAAUGAAAUUAUACGUUUCAAGUAGUUGAUUUUCAUUUUCUGUCAAAAUGUUUCUUUAGUUUAUCCCAAAAACAUUAAUAUUUUGUGUAAACAUAAGGCUUUUUGAAUAAUUAAUGUUUAUUUUUGUUGUAAAUUGUAAUCUGACAUUAAUUUGAUGUGUAUUCUAUUUCAUUCUGCAGUUAAAAAAGGUUAUUAUUAAACAUAUUUCAUAUUGCAUCAGAUAA